AUGAAGAUAACGACUAGUCUCACACAAGCAUUGGGCUUGCUGGUCUCCCUCGGUGCAUCCGUUGAAGCCAAAAAUACUUACUCCCGGACCGAUGCAUGCCAUCCAAACCACCCAUUCAAGCCUCUUCCUGCCAGCCAUCCCAGAACUCGCACCUGUCAUGUUGCCAACCACGGACAUGGCAAAGACGACUCAGCCAAUGUCCUUUCAGCACUGAAGAAGUGCAACAAUGGCGGAAAGGUCAUUUUCGAUGCUGACAAGACAUACACGAUUGGAAAGGCACUCGACAUGACUUUCCUCAAGCAUGUGGACUUGGAAAUCCAAGGCCAUGUCCAAUUCUCAAACGAUACGGAUUAUUGGCAGGCAAAUGCAUUCAAGCAGAUUUACCAGAACGCAACGACGUUCUUCCAGAUUGGCGGUGAAGAUGUCAACGUGUACGGCGAGGGCUCUCUUGAUGGCAAUGGACAGGUCUGGUAUGAUCUAUAUGCGAAAGAUGCUCUGAUCUUGCGACCCAUCUUGGUUGGUAUCAUUGGACUCAACGGCGGUACUAUCGGACCUCUUAACCUCCGGUACUCGCCUCAGUGGUAUCAAUUCGUGGCCAACUCGUCUGAUGUUCUUUUCGAUGGCAUUGAUAUCACUGGAUUCAGCAGCAGUUCUAAUGUGGCCAAGAACACCGAUGGAUGGGAUGUCUAUCGAUCGUCCAACAUUGUCAUCCAGAACUCUGUGAUCAACAACGGCGAUGAUUGUGUUUCAUUCAAGCCUAACGUGACUGACAUCCUGGUCCAGAACCUGCACUGCAAUGGCUCCCACGGUAUUUCAGUGGGCUCUUUGGGUCAAUAUCCUGGUGAGGUUGAUCUCGUGCAGAAUGUUCUGGUGUACAACGUCUCGAUGUUCAACGCAUCGGAUGGCGCCCGUAUCAAGGUCUGGCCGGGUAUCUCCUCCGCACUGUCCACUGAUCUCCAAGGUGGCGGUGGAUCCGGCCUGGUGAAAAAUAUCACUUACGAUGGAAUGACCAUUGACAACGUUGACUAUGCCAUUGAGGUCACUCAGUGCUACGGCCAGAAGAACUUGACCCUUUGUAACGAGUACCCUAGCAACCUCGCCAUCGAGGACGUCUAUUUCAAGAACUUCAAGGGCGUGACCUCCGGCAAAUAUGACCCUAAAGUCGGGACAAUUGUCUGCUCUAGCCCAGACGUUUGCUCCAAUAUUAACGCCAGUGACAUUGACAUCACGAGUCCUGACGGCGACGACCAAUUUACUUGCACCAAUGUCGAUGAUACUCUCUUGGAUGUUAAUUGUGUUUAA